CACCACAUAUAUAGAUAUUUACACGCCGCCGCCGCCGGGCGCCGGCCGCGCCCUGGCCAGAUCCCCGGCGUCCCACUCCUCGACGGCCCAGGUCGGAAAGCGGACGAUCUGGACCCCGUCGUAGACGCCGCCCUCCUGGCGCGCGCCAAUGACCCAGAGCGCCUCGUCGUCGCCCUCCUCGGGCACCUUGAAGAGCACGACGACGGCCGUGCCCGCCGCGUUGACGUAGGUCCGGCCGACGUGCGCGUCCUCGAACACGGGCCGGCACGCGUCCCGCGCGGCCGCAAGCGCCGCCUCGUCGAGCGGGUCGCGCGCUGCGGCCGCGGCCAGCGCGUCCACGAGCGGCUGCGCGUUCUCCGAGACCUCGUUCGCGAGGAGCUCGGAGAGGCGCCGCAGCGCCGCGCGGAGCGCGGGCGCCGUCGCGGGCGGCACGGACGAGAGCGCGCGCCAGAGGGCCAGCGACGUCGCGGCCGACGCGUACCUCUCGGGCAGCGCGUCGGUCACGGCCGUGGCCGCCUUGAGCUUCUUCGCCUUGCGCGCCUUGGCCGCCGCGGCCGCGCGCUCGCGCGCCUUCUUGCGCUUGUUGCGCGCCGCGGUCGCCUUCUUGCGCUCGGCGCGCCGCUUGCGCACGCGCUCGCGCGUCGCCCGCACGAGGUCCCCGCCCGUGGGCUCGCGGAUCCGGUGGCUCCGCAGGCGUGCCGCCGCGAGGAGCCAGUCGGGGGGCGGCGGCGGCGCCGCGUCCGUGGCGCUGGCGGCCGCCGUCGCGACGUCGUGCGCGUGCACGUACCGUUUCGCCUGGUCGACCCACGACGACAUGUCCCAGCGAUUUUGUCGUCCCAAGGGCGACUACUAAUAAAUAAUCCCUAAGAUGCCUCCUAAGCACUUCCUCGCUGC